AGAACAAAGGCUUUUAGAUAGUUCCGUCUGCGAACCCUAAAAUCAUUCAAUAAACAAAAACGAAUGCUUCUGUUCAAUCAUCUUCUCAGUUUCUGAUUCCGAAGAAACCCUAAUCAAAAUAAUCAUGGACUGCUCAUGCAGUACUCGUCCUUCGUCUCUGCUCAUCUCUUCCGAACCCUCUUUUCGUUUUCCUCACUCUAAUUUCUCCACAAAUCUCAGCUUUCAGAUACCGAAAGAUACGAAGUUGGUGAAGCAGCGUUUGGUAGUGAGAAGUUCUUCUGGGUCUGAUUAUCAAAACGGCGACGUUAAUGGGUUUCCUCUCAAACCAAACAAACUCUUUAUGCAAGAGGCGAUUGGAGCUGAGUAUGGAGAAGGGUUUGAGACUUUUAGACAGGAUGGUCCUCUUAAAGUGGAUGUGGAUUUCUGGAAUGAGAAACUGCAAGAUGGUUUUCUUCAAAGAAUACGUUACGCAAUGAAACCAGAUGAAGCCUAUGGACUUAUUUUCUCUUGGGACAAUGUUGUGGCCGAUACUCGAAGUCUUAAGUUGGAAGCUUGGAAGCAGCUCGCUUCAGAAGAAGGAAAAGAAAUUACGGAGGAGGUUGACAUCCAAAGACUGAUGCUUUAUGCCGGCGCUGACCAUGUUCUUAGUAAGGUGUUGUUUUGGGAGAAAACGCAAAGCAAAAUCGACAGAUUGAAACUCAGGCUAUCGGAAAUCUAUUACGAUAGUCUUCUCAAACUUACAGAACCAAAAGAAGGACUUAGAGAUUGGCUCGACGCUGUUACAACUGCUCGCAUUCCCUGUGCUGUGGUCUCAAAUCUUGAUCGAAAAAACAUGAUCAAUGCUCUUGACCGGAUGGGACUUCAAAAGUAUUUCCAGGCAAUGGUUUCCGAGGAAGAUGGUAUGGAAUCGAUAGCUCACAGAUUUCUUUCUGCGGCUGUGAAGUUGGAUAGAAAACCGUCAAAAUGUGUUGUGUUUGAGGAUGAUCCUCGGGGUAUAACCGCGGCUCACAACUGUACAAUGAUGGCGGUUGGAUUAAUCGGUGCUCAUCGGGCGUAUGAUCUGGUUCAGGCUGAUCUUGCAGUUGGAAACUUUUACGAGCUAUCUGUGAUAAACCUCAGAAGAUUAUUUGCGAACAAAGGCUCUACAUUUAUGGAUCACGAGAAACAGAUCAUAGAAAAAUCGCCGCCGAAAAGAAAGCUAACCAUUGAUACCAUAUUCUAAGCACAUUGGAUCGCAGCAUAUAGUAGUUAGGUUAGGUUCAUAAUCUCUUAAGCUCUUGUCUUUAUGGUUAUACAUAUGUUUGAUAUUAGACGCAAACCGGAUCUAUCGAGUGAAAUAUGGAGCUUAUUAUCUUGGGUGUUUGUGCAAGAGCAAUGAUCUAAGUCGUUGCAUUUUACAUUUUUGGCUGUGUGGAUUGUCCUGAGAAAGCGAUUGGAUAGUGGACCCAAGAAAACAUUCUUGGAGCU